AUGGCUACCGCGCUUUGUGCUGACGCACGCAUAGCACCCACAGACGACGAUGAUGCAUGCGCAAUACGGCUCCUUGCAUCGAUCGAGUGUGUGCUGCCGUAUGCAGGCACUCACCACGGCGCGCACGACGCGCUGCAUGCGUUCUUACCAUCACUUGUAUCGGCCACACACCUAUACGAAGCGCGCGGCACAUUCACGCGUCCAAGUGAGCCAAUCCAUCGCGAGCGCUUUGCUUAUGCUACCUGGGACAUGCUUUUCCGGCUUGUCUCGUCGUCCGCGACACCAGGUGCCAAGAUGGUCGCCGCCCACAUAUUACCCUUGAUCAUCGAACGUUGUCGCUGUGUGCUACAAGCAUACUUAGAUGAUGUACGCAUUCGCGGCUCUAUCCCUCUGCCCCGCGUGCGUCUGGAGGAAGUCAACUUCCUUCUGCAUACACUGUUGACUCUGCAAGUGCCAAGUGAGGUGAAUGAACACUGCCAGCACUCCUUUGCACAAGACGCCCACCUCUUUCUGCUUGGCAAGGUUUUGGACGAAAUAGCGACCAUGCCAGCCACUUCGUGCGCUGUCUCGCAAAAAGCAUGCAUCGGCACCUCGCUUCCGCCCCUUUCAAGCGCAGACGACGGCCACGUCUCGACACAAAGCAUUCGUCGUCGUCACUCAUGCCCCACGACACCUCAAGCACUCGCUGCAGCUGCGCUGACGCGUCGCAUGCAUGUGUUACUCACGUGA